AUGCCUCCCAAGAAGGCUCAAGUGCAAGAGAAGGUCCUGCUGGGCCGUCCUGGCAACAACUUGAAGAGCGGUAUCGUUGGUCUUGCCAACGUCGGCAAGUCGACGCUCUUCCAAUCCAUCACCAAGUCCUCUCUGGGUAACCCGGCCAACUUCCCGUAUGCCACCAUUGACCCCGAAGAGGCCCGCGUCAUUGUUCCCGAUGAGCGGUUCGACUGGUUGUGUGACCACUACAAGCCCAAGUCUCAGGUGCCCGCCAACUUGACCGUGUAUGAUAUCGCCGGUCUCACUCGCGGCGCUUCCACCGGUGCUGGUCUGGGCAACUCGUUCUUGUCCCACAUCCGGGCUGUCGAUGCUAUCUUCCAGGUCGUCCGUUGCUUCGACGAUGCUGAGAUUAUCCACGUCGAGGGUGACGUUGACCCUGUCCGUGACUUGACCAUCAUCAGCGAGGAGCUGCGCAUCAAGGAUAUCGAGUUCGUCGAGAAGGCUCUCGAGGCUCUUUCCAAGCAGACUCGCCGUGGCGGCCAGUCUCUGGAGAUGAAGAAGCUGAAGGAGGAGGAGGCCACCACUGCCAAGGUGCUUCAAUGGCUUCAGGAUGGCAAGGACAUCCGUGAGGGUGAAUGGGGUCCUAAGGAGGUCGAAGUUAUCAACCCUCUGUUCCUUCUCACUGCCAAGCCUGUUGUCUACCUGGUCAACCUGAGCGAGAAGGACUUCAUUCGCAAAAAGAACAAGUACUUGCCCAAGCUCUUUGAGUGGGUCAAGGAGAAGUCUCCCAACUCUCCUAUUCUGCCCAUCUCUGCUCAGUUCGAGGAGCGUCUCACACAGUUGGGUGACGAAGCUGCCGCCGAGGAGUGCAAGAAACUGGGCACCGCCUCUGGUCUUCCCAAGGUUAUCACCACCAUGCGUCAGGCUCUUAACUUGGCCAGCUUCUUCACCACCGGUGCGGAUGAGGUUCGCCAGUGGACUAUCCGUAAGGGUAUCAAGGCCCCCAGCGCUGCCGGUGUCAUUCACACCGAUUUCGAGAAGACCUUCAUCCAAGCCAUUGUGUACAACUACAGUGUCCUCCGGGAGCUCGGUGAUGAAGCCGCGGUCAAGGCUGCCGGUAAAAUCAUGACCAAGGGCAAGGACUACGUUGUUGAAGAUGGCGACAUCAUGCUCAUCAAGGCUGGUGCUGCCAAGUCUUAA